CAAUUUAUGUCGACUCUAAUCUUUCUUUUAUUUUAAUUUGUAAAAGAAGGAAAAGAAACAAUAAACAUAAAAAUUAAAGUUGUCGGAAUCUAAUUCUUAAGAUCUGGAGAAAAAGGAAUUAGCCAGUGAAAAGUUUGGUGUUCUAAGAUUGCGUCAUUAGCCAUGCUAAGAUCGGUUUGUUUUAAGAAUUAUGUGAAGUUUGAGGAGGAACAGCUUCUUGAUUUUCAAAAUGAUGGACCAUUUAUAUUCAUUGGGGAAAAUGGCUCCGGUAAAAGUUCUGUUUUAGAAAGAAUUCGUCGCUGCUUGAAAUUAGAAUUUAGUACAUCAGUUUCGUCGUCACCUAAUUCCAAUCUGCUGUCAUAUUUCAUUUGCAACUUUGAAAUGAAUCCGAUAGAAGACGAACAUAUUAUAUGCGGCAUCGUUUCUCUUCCUGGCGAAAUGGGACAAAGUGGCAAUGAAACUAAGGCAGGCGGCGAUAAUGAGAUUGGAAGUGACAGUUUUCAGAGUCAACAGAUCGAAAAAGAUAUGGAAACAGAGGACACAUUAAUUAGUACAGACAAAAGCACAUCAGAAAGUCGAGCGGUGAAUGUGAAUGAAACUGUCGGAGAGGACAACACUCCACAACAACGUAUGGGUAAAGGAAAGUUCAUUACAUCACAUAACUCUACAAAUUUACCAAAAUACGAUAGGCGAGACAACAGAAAUUUUUUUAAGGAUGCACCAGUAGGUGCUAAAGGUCGGAGUGAAGUCAGAUCUUACUACAAGUUUGCCUUAAAGUAUUCAGCAAAUUCACAAAAUGUACCAAUGUAUAUAAAUUUUGUUGAUAUAUCAAAAACGUCCAGGGGUGAAACUGAACUGAAGAUGUUCAACAGGGAUGACGCUGACGGCACUGCGUUCAAAGAAUAUAUGGAUUCAGUUAUUAAGCAUGAAUCAGAUGUCAAAUGCGUGGAAGAGCAUAUCCAAUCUAUUUUUGGAAACGUGAGCACAAACCCUGAAAAAGAUAGGAACGACUGUAAUAUCUUAUUAGGGUCUUUAUCAAGGGAAGUUGUCUUUACUUUUUCUUUGCGAUCAAUUGGACCAUUACAAUGGUCUGAGAGUAAACGAUUUGAUCCCGAGGAACGGGAAAAUAAUUACGAUGAAGCUGAAAAGAGAUGCGAAAUAAUUAAAUGUUUUCUUGAGGAUAACAACAAAAACUUUGACAAAGAGAAAGAACAAGAAUAUUUCAAAUAUAUAACGCAGCUAGACGAUUAUCAUUUUGAGAUGAAAGACGGCAAAAUUUCUUUACCAAAGGGGAAAUAUGCUUUACUGAAAACGCCAGAAGGUAUUUUGGAAGCAAAGGCAGUUUCCAUUCUUAUGUCCAGCAAAAUUUACAGAACACUGAUCCUGGAAGAACCAGAUAGGGGAAUGCAUCCUCAAUUCAUAGAAAGAAUGCUACAGAUACUUAAACAAAAGAAGCUUGAAAAACGUGUGAUUCUAACGACACACAGCACAACGCUUAUAUCUGCCUGGACGGUACCUGAUUCUUUCAUCUUUCGGCGCGACGAGACAGAAUGUAGGAUCAUAUCUGGUAGAUCUAUUGUUUGUAACGGAGAUCACAUCAGCAUGAAAAAUAUAAGACUGUUUAUAUCGGACCAUAUAUCUGAUAUUCUGUUUGCAAGGAGAGUUUUUUUUUACGAGGGCGAUUCUGAAUUAUUGUUCUUCACAGAAUUUAGACACCAAAUACUGGCUGGGGAAAGCCAGGUGGCUGAGAAUCUGUGCAAAGAAGAUGAGGACUCUUGCAACAAGCUUAAGAAAAGUCUUACAGAACUUACAUUUAUCAAAAUGAAUGGCAAGGAUAAAGUUGAAUUUUGUCAAGAUGUAUCUAAAAAACUUCAACUUGAACAUAUUUUUCUUGUUGACAGAGAUGCUGUCACAAGAAUUAGACAAAAAGGAAAGAAUAAAAUUGAAAGAAAAGAAGAAGAAGACGCAAAAUCCAAAAGAAAACGUGAGGAUUGGCUAAAUAUUAGGAAAGAGUUCUUGUCUAAUGAUAUUUUCUUUUGGCUAGACGGUAGGAUUGAAGAUAUGGUUAAAGAAAUAUAUAAGAAUAAUGACACUCUUCGAGAUGAACUAAGACUGGCGAUGGCCGGUGACAAACUUUUUCUGCAUAAAGAUUGUGAUGACGUUUACAUUAAAAAAAGCGUUAAACUCAUUUUAGCUCAUUGCGAACCUAAACAUGAACUUGCUGAAUUCAUCAAAAUUUUGAAAAGAGAUUAAGGUUUGCUGAAGAUUCGAUCUCACUUUGGUGAUUAACGCAUACAUUCACCAACGUUACGGCUGAUGUGUCGAUAUUAUUUAUGGGUGUCGCUCAGUUAACGUAAUAUCGACAAAAAUAAAGGUAGUAUUGCUCCACCAUGAAGCUUCACUUUAAAGUCUUCAACUAAAGCGAGGUUACGAACCAGCAGCUGUGAUGAGCAAAUGUUUGAGUCAACGAUCACAGACAUUUUGACACAGGCCCUAUGGAUGUUAAAAUGUAUUAAUAUAAAUCACUGCAUUUUCUCACAUUUAGUAUGAAAUUGAAUUAGAUUAAAUAGUUCAAAUAUAAUUUUACCUACGUAGAUUAUGAAUGUAAAAUUGCACUUGACGCUAUUUAUUAUGGUAAGGUAUCAGAAAAUAGAAUCUUUAAGAUAUGUACAAACUACAUAACAUCUCGUAUAUCAGAAGACUAUGGCACGCUCCAUAUACUUAUGAAUAAUAAGUUUACAUAUUUGAUUAUGUAAUUUUUUCCCUAGGAAAUUGUUCUUUUUCGAAAUUUAGCAAUUUUAUCGUAUUCAUUUGUAACGAUUAUUUAUGAGAUCCAUGAUUAUCACAUUUAACAUUUAAUGUUUAUAUGUCGUAUUAAUUUUAUUCACUGAACAUCGUAUUACCAUUUAAUAGUUAUAAUUUCAGUCUAUUCUAAAGAUUCAAGUUUAAAACAUGCAGACAGUAGAAUUUCUUCUUUUUCUGGACAAAUUUUGUGUAUGUAUUUUCUUCUACAAUAAUAUAGCUUUAUGUUCCAUCAAUAAAUAAAAGUGAAUGCAUGA